GUGACUUACGUCACACCCCGAGCACGGAUGUGUGUGUGUGUCUCCGUGGAGUGAGAAUGUGUAGAUAGAUGUUCGAAAGGAGUGAGAGAUAGCCUGGAAGUGGACGGACAUGCACAAGAUUCGAAGAGAGUCACAACAGACAGUUCGCUAUCCGAUUCCUGCACGAUUCACAAAGUGAAGAAGAAUAGUAUACGUUUACUCUGUCCCAUCUAUGGAGGAUCCUACUGUAAUGGAGGAGAGGGUAGAGGACUCGGCCAUUACUACCUCUAUCACCACAUCAAUCCCAUUUGACAGCGUCACCAUGGAGCCAGGCCUGGCCAACGAGGAUGUGGUGGAGGACCAAGCUGUAGCCAUGACAGACAAGGAUGCAAGCUUAACCAUCAUAGCCAUGGCUUCAUCCACUGACACCAUAACAAACACUGAAGUCAACCUAGCUAUGGCAUCAUCCACACACAGUGAAGUGAACUUAGCAAUAGCUUUAUCCACUGAUGUCAUUACAAACAAAGAAGCGAGUGGAACCAUAGCCGUACCCAUGGAUAGUAGGAUAAACUCUGAUGCUAAGCCAGCUAACACACCCAUAGUAUCAGCAUCUUUAUCACCAGCUGCCACUGUGACAAACACUGGUGCCAACCCAGCCCUCCCCUCACCAUUUUCAUCAUCUGCUGCCAGUGGCCCAGCCCCCGGAGGCCUGCAUCCCGAGGAGGAAGGCCUCUCAGCGAUAAGCUCAUGUGGUAGUGUGGGGGUCACUCUGGAGAACAGCAAUGUCUGGAGGGAGUUCCACUGCUGUGGAACCGAGAUGAUCCUCACCAAACAGGGCCGGCGCAUGUUUCCCUACUGCCGCUAUCGCCUGACGGGUUUGGAGCCAACACGUCGUUACUGCUUGGUCCUGUCAAUCACCCCCGUCGACACGUACCGCCAUCGCUGGAACCUGAAGGAGUGGGAACCCAGUGGUCCUGGAGAACCACACACCCAGGCCUCAUGCCGACUCUUUCCCCACCAGGACUCAUCAGCCCUGGGGAAGGUCUGGAUGGCCAGCCUGGUCUCCUUCUAUAAACUCAAACUGACUAACCACUGCCUGGACCAGGAGGGACAUGUGUUGCUGCACUCCAUGCACCGCUACAGGCCCAGUUUACACGUGAUCCCCGUCGCAGAUGGAGAUGACCUUGGCUUUGACCCUAAGCUGCUUGACCUCCAGCUCCUCGGCCCGGAGGUCAUGACCUUCACGUUCCCGCAGACCGAGUUCUAUGCAGUGACGUCGUACCAGAACACCAGGAUCACCCAGCUGAAGAUAGAUUAUAACCCCUUUGCUAAGGGCUUCCGGGAGGACAGCGGCAGCCCGCGCCUCGCAAAGCCCAGGCCGGAGCACCCUCAGGCGGGGAAGGGAGAUAUCCGCUCCCCUGGUCGUAGCACUGCUAGGUCCAAUGGUGGUGAGGGGACUGAGCAUAUUGUUACUGUAAACGAUGUUGUGGCUGAUAUCAGCAUGAAGAAACGUUCUCUCCCUACAACUCACCCUGUGGGGGAAGUCUCAGGGAAGUUGAGGAAAGUAGCUCCUGGUACAGCAGAUUCAGAUGCCAAUCAGACUGAUGUGUCUGCCAGUGAAGAGGGGAUGGAUCUGGACUACAGUGACCAUGUCUUCCACAGGCAGUACCUCCGAGCCCAGCUAGCCCUGCCCUCAGGAGCCUCCGGGCCAGAGAACAGCCCGGGGGCUGGGGGGGAGAGACUGGGUGCUGGGAUGGACCACUCCAGACAGGCCAGCCUGACUGCUAACCCUCAGAAUACUGUGUUACACACAAACAGAUGUUCAAAGCCUUUAAAACGUUCUACUGUAGAACCAAUGGACUCUGAGGUUCCGCCUUCACAGAAGGUUCCGCUUGUAGAGCCAACCAUGACCGCACCCAUUUCGCUUACAGAAACUCAGGAGGACAAGGUUGCGAGCUUAACCCCUAAAACAUCCAAACCUCAAAAGAUUGCACCCAAGCCUUCUCCUACCCCCUCACCUCUGACCCCCACUGCGUCCCCCUUUGCUGUUCCUAAGCCAUGGAAGAAGGGGCGUAAACCGGGGGGCAAUCGGUGGGGCAGUGUCGGAAAAGUCUCUAAGGGUACCAAGGCGGCGACAGCGGCUGUCACUGCAACUAGCAGCCCAAUACCUGUUGCUAUGCAACCGGAACUGGAUGACGUGGAGGGUCUACUUUUUGUGUCCUUCACUUCCAAGGAAGCUCUUGGUGUCCAUGUGGAGGACAUGCCAUCCGAUAACACAUCACCAGUCACUCAGGAACAGCCAGAGAAAACUGUACUGGAGAGUGUUGAGGAGAAGAUUGCAGUACUGGAGAGUGUUGAGGAGAAGAUUGCAGGUCUGCAGACUAUCUUACUGCAAGACCUGAACACACUCAAACACAGACAGGUCAUCCACCCUGUCCUACAGGAGGUUGGGCUGAAGUUGAGCUCCCUGGACCAAGGCCUGGCCAUCGAUCUACAGUAUCUGGGGGUGCGUCUACCGCUGUCUCCGCCUGUGUUCACUGGGCUGGGCAGCACUACCUCCACUGAUGGAAGCAGGUCCUUUGUCUCCAGGACGGGGAAGACCAGUGACCUGACCAAGAUCAAGGGCUGGAGGGACAAGUUCAUCAGGACCAAAGAGACCUCUAAGAACCACAACCCCAACCGCUCGGCCUUCUGCAGCGAAAUGCUCGACCAAUACCUGGAGAGCGAGGCCCAGCGAAUCAGCGACCGCGCUGCUGCCUUCUCCCACAACCCCCUGGGCUCAGUGGCCUAUCAGCUGCCUGUGACCAGCACCAGCUAUGUGCGGACCCUCGACAGUGUUCUGAAGACACGUGCCCCCCCGUCCCCCGCCUUCUGUAGACCCUGCCCCCUCUCUCGGAAACCCCUCCUCUACGCAGCUCUAAAGAAACCCCCUCCACCCAUCAACAACCACAGGACCCCUCCUAAAGCAGCCAAACCCACACCAGCACAGGGCAAACAGCACCAUAUAACACCAGCCCAGGGCAAAGCCAGAUCUGCCUCUGUGCUACGGCCCAUCCAGGUCACCAACAGUAACAAAACUACUGCUGCUAAAGCUACAGCUGGGGUUAAAGUCACCAGCCCUCCUACUGCACAGCGGUCUCCUCCAGGCCAGGGGGCUGUGAGGAGGGACUCCAGCCCAGGGAGAGGCCUCUCCAGCGGGUUGACUGGCCUCUCUAAGAACCAGCUCAGACUGGUCGGUCUCUCUAAGAUCCAGCUGAGAAUGAUGGAGAUGGAAGAUGCCACCUUCUACCAAGGACACGAUAGAACACACAUCACUACUGAGAGGGUGGAGAGAGCCCUGAUGGCACUGCUCACUGCGCAGGGUCUCCCUAAGAGCCGUGCCCCCCAGGCCAGUCCAGUGGACAGUCCAGAGUGUGGUUCUGAGUUCUGCAGGCUGGGGUGUGUGUGUUCCAGCUUGGCCCGGGUGUCCAGGGGUCCGCUCCACUGUUACAGGCCUGACUGUAUGCUGGGCUGCUCCUGCUUUAAACGCAGGAUCACCAAACAGACCACAGCAGCAGAGAACGGCCAGCACCAGACACUGCCUGUUUACACUGUGUCUAACGUGGAGCAUGAGGUUCAGCCCAAUCGAGGCGUCCGUGUUUCAACCCUGUGGGACUGCACCUCAGGGGUGGACCCCGAACCCCUCUUCAGCCCGAAACCUGCCCCAAACAUACCCAUCAAGCCUCUAACCAGGAUCUACAACCCUGGUCCAAAGCGCUACGUACCUCGUCUCACCCCCGAGCUGCGAGAGGAGGACAAGGACCCAGUCUACAAGUACUUUGAGAGCAUGAUGACGUGCGCCCGUGUCAGAGAGUUUAACAGUAAACCGCCGCCGCAGGUGCUGCCGCCACAGGUCCACCUCUUUAAGGACAAUAAUAGUUCCAUCAUCCCCAGCAGCAGAAAGAAAAUGAUCGCUGCCAUCCUCUCACCUCCAAAUAAACCAGUAGUACGAGUGAAAAGUCCCUCCACCCAGGCCAAGAAGCCUAAAGUUCCUGAGCCCACUAGGCAGCUGGAGAUCCAGUCAGAGUGUAACUGGGACCAGCACCGGAAACUGGUCCUGGGGGUUCUGUGCCGACGCAUGACCCAAAACCGUCUGUCCGAACCCUUCAACAUUGGCCCCUACCACGUCCGCCUCCUCUCAAACACACACAAACGCAAGGCUGAGAGCACCAUCAUCAUAUUCAAGGUCUGCAUCAGUAAGGCUGAAGACGGUGAUACCGAUAAUAGUGAUGAAUCUGAUAGUGAACUCACAGACAACAGUAGUGACGACAGUGAUGAAGACGACGAGGAAGAGGGCAUCCCUAAGCCUGAGGAGCCGGAGAUGCAGGUUGGAGUGACUCCCUUCCUGACAGGAGUAGUGCCAGCAGGGAGACUGAAAGCCAGGAAGAAACAACCAACCUGCCCUGCUGUAGGACUAAUCCAGGUGAACGGUAAAUCCUACUCCCAGGCCAGAUUGCUGCUGGGGCAGAUGGGAGCUCUGCACCCGGCCAAUCGGCUAGCUGCGUUCGUCACCGGCAGGUUGCGCUCUGUAGCCAAGGCCCCUCAGAAGGCCCCUCAAAAGCCUCUAAACUGCUUCCCCAGGGCGAAGAAAACAUCUGUGGGUGCUGGGCACUUGAAGACCGCAGUCACUGCUGUUGCUCCUCAAGGCAGUAGUAGUGUUACAGCUAUGGCUAAGAAAGGAGCUUUGGCCCAGAAAGUAUUCCAGACACCAGCAGGGAAGAACAGGCCUCCUCCGUACAGACCACCAUGGUCCCUAGGUGUCACCAAAUCUAAAGGCAAAACCUCCACCAGUCAAAGCACCACAAACCCUAAAGACCCAGUCGGCUCUCCCCUGCUCCUGGUACCCAUGGCCCCUCCUGCCGCAGGCACCUCCCAAGGCUCGCCCCCUGUAUCGCCCCCUGCUGGAAAGAUGCUACUACAGACAGUCUCCUCCCAGGGCUGUAAAAUGUAUCGUCAGCCCAACGGACAGUUGAUCAAGCUGGUACCUCUGAAUCGUAUGCGUCACAUAAAGGCCAAGAAUCAAGACAAGCUCACUCGUUUUGCUACCAAGCCGUCCACUCCCAAGACAUUCCCCCCCUCUCACCUCCAUCCACCCCCUCGCAGCCCCCUCCCCACGCUCCCCUCAUCAAAUUCAUCAUGGGCCAGUUGGGUGCCAUCACCCCAUCCCAGACCUCAUCCUCUUCCUCCCCCUUGUCUCUCACUGUCUCCUCCUCCCUGAAGACCCCCAGCUUCCUGGGUCAGACUGGGACCUACUCCUUCAGGAUCUGUCCUCCGACUGCAGGGGACCAGGGCUCUAGGGGUCCAGGCC